GUAGUCAAGCCAAAGUCAGAGUUCAUGAAUACAGCCUUACAAGGGGCACAUUGCAUAAAAAGAUACAUCAACAGUUGCAGAUAGCUAAUGUCGCAGUUCUCAAUUGUGUCAGUAGACAAUCUACAGUCAGAGCAGGGAGGGAGUUGCAUAGAGUAAGAGAAUGUGCUCAGAUAUACAUAUAGGACUAAGGUGUAGGCCAUCGUGUGGUUGGAUCUAGCUACGCAUGCGCAUUGCUUCUCACAUCAAAUCAGGGCAGGCAACCCUAAUGUGGCGCCAGUGGAAAAAGACCAGGAGAGCAACAUUCGCUGGUUGCGUCGCCACCAUUGCCGGUGCAAAAUAUGUAUCCUGUAAAAAGGAGAGCAAAGUACGACUAAAACCUCUCUCUGGAGGUCGUAGCGUGGCAGUGAUAGGGGCCGGAGUUGGCGGAUGCAGCUCCGCGUAUUUCCUUCGCCGGCUCUGCGGCGACGGUCUCGAUCUGCACGUCUUCGAGAAGGCCGUGGUCGGAGGACGGACUGAUGUGAUCGAGUUUGACGGGCACAAGUACGAGAGCGGAGGAGCCGUGAUGCACAGCAGCAACAAAUACCUCGCCGACUUCGCGGAACAAUUCGGGCUGCCUACUCUUCAGGCGAAAGACGUUCCUUCCACACCCGGGGCAGUUUUCAACGGGAAGAAGUUCAUCCUGACGCUGGGUACAUGUGGCAUUUGCACAGACCUGAAGCUCCUGUUCCGUUACGGACUGAGCACCGUCCUGUUUCAACUCUACCUCCGCUCGGAACUGAAGCAAUUCUCAACUGUCUAUCAGCUGCAGUCAAAUGGAGAGGCAUUCUCCAGUGUCCCCGAGCUUCUCAGUGCAAUGGGAGGAGAGGAAUUCGUCCAACAGACUCAAUUCACAGCCCAAGAUUACUUUGUUGGGAAGCUCGGCUGGUCGCAGAAAAUGAUCAAUGAAAUAUUUGUUGCCGGUCUGCGGGUUAAUUAUGGCCAGGAUUCCACAGUUGAUGCCUUUACUACAAUGGUCUCCAUGGCAGGGGCAGAGAGUGGCAGUCUGUGGAACGUGGUCGGGGGGAAUAAACAGAUACCGGAGAGGGCACUCCAGUGGUCAAAAGCCACCUUCCACCAUUCAGAGGUCCUGAACAUAACUCGAGUCGACAAGGGGGAUAGCUCGCCUCCUAAGUACAGAGUUUCCUACCAGGAUGUAGGGUCAUCUUCCGCUAAGUCGGAGGAGUUUGACGCCGUGAUAUUUGCUAACCCGCUCCCGCUUUCACACGUUAGCUUCACUGGAUUCCUCGAGCCCGUGUACACUCCUAUAUCAACCUCUCCUUACCACCGCACAGUGGCAACGUUUGUCAAGGGCGAACUGAACCCGGCAUUUUUCGGUCUCGAUAGCUACGGUAAGGACUUUCCUUUUGACAUAAUGACAACAGCUGCAGUCCCAGAGGAAAUCUCCUUCCCCCUCUGCUCGAUUGGUUUACAGAUUCCAUCUGAGGCUACGGCUGAGAUGGUCAAGCAGUACUUGACACCAGUUAAUGAAAAACCUGAAAGAGUCUGGAAGCUGUUCUCCACACGUCCAUUGACGCACGAGGAACUUGAUCGACUGUUCUUGAAGCGAGGUGAAGUUGUGGCCGUCGACUGGAGAGCUUACCCUCAGUACAGUCCUCCCGAGCAAUUUCCAAAGUUUGUGCUGGAUGAUGGCGUCUUCUACGUCAAUGCUAUUGAGCUGGCUGCCAGUGCCAUGGAGAUGUCUGCUGUGGGAGCCAUGAACUGCUCUCUCCUGACCUGGAAGCAUCUCUCUCAACUUUGAUCAUCAAUGUUGAGUAUAGAGAUUCAGUAGUGAUACAUACAAGUAUUAUAGUGAUUGAUUCUCCCCCUUCUCCACUGGCCAGAAACAAUGCCAACUUGCCUGCACUCGUACUCGAAUACAGAGGAAUAGACACCUUAGUGCAAGUCUUUAAUGUUUGGUGUCAUUGUGGUGGUGUAGUGUUUUUGACAAUUAUAAGCGCAUGAGUAUAUACC